AGCACCGAAACAUAGGACUUCAGUACUUUUUGUCCAUUAAAUUUGAUCAUUCUUAUUUUUGGUUUGUAUAAAAAGGGGACUUAGGUACAUUUUAACGUCUCCAAAUUUAUGCUAUAUAUGGGGCUAAACCGGAUAAGUAAAGGUCAACGUUUCGUUUGAUUUUCAAAAAAAUGUGACUUAAGUACUUUUAGCACUAGGGUCUUCAAAUGGAUUACAAAAUAUUUUGCUAUUUAUGGAUACUUUUAUUUGUUUAAAAAGUUUAUUUUUCCUAUGGGUAUUUUUGUGGUGGCCCAUUUCUCCUGGUGUCCUAAGCAAGCGCAUAUAUUGUUUAAAGGCCAUUCCAUGCGGGACAGAUAGGAGAGGGCGAAAGGUCCCGGAAAGAGGAGGGAGAGCAUCGUUAAUGAUAAAAUGAUAGUUACUUUCGAUUUAAUAUUCCCUUGUGAGAGAACAUGCAAUGACGAACUUUAGGCCUACAAAUAACGGUAAUGUUACCACUGAUUUAGAAGCUCCCCACUUUAGGCCUACAAAUAACGGUAAAGUUACCACUGAUUUAGAAGCUUCCCACUUUAGGCCUACAAAUAACGGUAAUGUUACCACUGAUUUAGAGGCUCCCCACUUAAGGCCUACAAAUAACGGUAAUGUUACCACUGAUUUAGAAGCUCCCCACUUUAGGCCUACAAAUAACGGUAAUAUUACCACUGAUUUAGAGGCUCCCCACUUUAGGCCUACAAACAACGGUAAUGUUACCACUGAUUUAGAGGCUCCCCACUUUAGGCCUACAGAUAACGGUAAUGUUACCAGUGAUUUAGAGGCUCCCCACUUUAGGCCUACAAAUAACGGUAAUGUUACCACUGAUUUAGAGGCUCCCCACUUUAGGCCCUCAAAUAACGGUAAUAUUACCACUGAUUUAGAAGCUCCCCACUUUAGGCCUACAAAUAACGGUAAUGUUACCACUGAUUUAGAGGCUCCCCACUUUAGGCCUACAAAUAACGGUAAUGUUACCACUAAUUUAGAGGCUCCCCACUUUAGGCCUACAAAUAACGGUAAUAUUACCACUGAUUUAGAGGCUCCCCACUUUAGGCCUACAAAUAACGGUAAUGUUACCACUGAUUUAGAAGCUUCCCACUUUAGGCCUACAAAUAACGAUAAUGUUACCACUGAUUUAGAAGCUCUCCACUUUAGGCCUACAAAUAACGGUAAUGUUACCACUGAUUUAGAGGCUCCCCACUUUAGGCCUACAAAUAACGGUAAUGUUACCACUGAUUUAGAAGCUCCCCACUUUAGGCCUACAAAUAACGGUAAUGUUACCACUGAUUUAGAGGCUCCCCACUUUAGGCCUACAAAUAACGGUAAUGUUACCACUGAUUUAGAGGCUCCCCACUUUAGGCCUACAAAUAACGGUAAUAUUACCACUGAUUUAGAAGCUCCACACUUUAGGCCUACAAAUAACGGUAAUGUUACCACUGAUUUAGAGGCUCCCCACUUUAGGCCUACAAAUAACGGUAAUAUUACCACUGAUUUAGAAGCUCCCCACUUUAGGCCUACAAAUAACGGUAAUGUUACCACUGAUUUAGAGGCUCCCCACUUUAGGCCUACAAAUAACGGUAAUGUUACCACUGAUUUAGAGGCUCCCCACUUUAGGCCUACAAAUAACGGUAAUGUUACCACUGAUUUAGAGGCUCCCCACUUUAGGCCUACAAAUAACGGUAAUGUUACCACUGAUUUAGAGGCUCCCCACUUUAGGCCUACAAAUAACGGUAAUGUUACCACUGAUUUAGAGGCUCCCCACUUUAGGCCUACAAAUAACGGUAAUGUUACCACUGAUUUAGAGGCUCCCCACUUUAGGCCUACAAAUAACGGUAAUGUUACCACUGAUUUAGAGGCUCCCCACUUUAGGCCUACAAAUAACGGUAAUGUUACCACUGAUUUAGAGGCUCCCCACUUUAGGCCUACAAAUAACGGUAAUGUUACCACUGAUUUAGAGGCUCCCCACUUUAGGCCUACAAAUAACGGUAAUGUUACCACUGAUUUAGAGGCUCCCCACUUUAGGCCUACAAAUAACGGUAAUGUUACCACUGAUUUAGAGGCUCCCCACUUUAGGCCUACAAAUAACGGUAAUGUUACCACUGAUUUAGAGGCUCCCCACUUUAGGCCUACAAAUAACGGUAAUGUUACCACUGAUUUAGAGGCUCCCCACUUUAGGCCUACAAAUAACGGUAAUGUUACCACUGAUUUAGAGGCUCCCCACUUUAGGCCUACAAAUAACGGUAAUGUUACCACUGAUUUAGAAGCUCCCCACUUUAGGCCUACAAAUAACGGUAAUGUUACCACUGAUUUAGAAGGUCCCCACUUUAGGCCUACAAAUAACGGUAAUGUUACCACUGAUUUAGAGGCUCCCCACCAUUUUUGCCCCACACCCCACCUGAGCAAAUACAAAGGUUUAGUCACCACCCUUACGCCAUUUAAAUUGCCCCCCCCCCCUUUUUCACCACUUUGGGAAAUACUGAGCUAAUACAAUGAGAGCUUUUAAAACAAGCUAAACUUAUACAGUGACAUCAUAUAUAUACAUAACAGUAUAGCUAAAACGUAUACAGUGACAUCAUGUAUAUACAUAGCAGUAUAGCUAAAACUUAUACAGUGACAUCAUGUAUAUACAUAGCAGUAUAGCUAAAACUUAUACAGUGACAUCAUGUAUAUACAUAACAGUAUAGCUACAACUUAUACAGUGACAUCAUGUAUAUACAUAGCAGUAUAGCUACAACUUAUACAGUGACAUCAUGUAUAUACAUAACAGUAUAGCUACAACUUAUACAGUGACAGCAUUUAUAUACAUAGCAGUAUAGCUACAACUUAUACAGUGACAGCAUGUAUAUACAUAGCAGUAUAGCUACAACUUAUACAUUGACAGCAUGUAUAUACAUAGCAGUAUAGCUACAACUUAUACAGUGACAGCAGAUAUAUACAUAGCAGUAUAGCUACAACUUAUACAGUGACAGCAUAUAUAUACAUAGCAGUAUAGCUACAACUUAUACAGUGUCAGCAUGUAUAUACAUAGCAGUAUAGCAACAACUUAUACAGUGACAUCAUGUAUAUACAUAGCAGUAUAGCUACAACGUAUACUCUGACAUCAUAUACAUACAUAGCAGUAUAGCUACAACUUAUACAGUGACAGCAUGUAUAUACUUAAAAGUAUAGCUACAACUUACACAGUGACAGCAUGUAUUUACAUAGCAGUUUUGGUUCAACCAUGGUCGGCGAAAAAGGGCAGUCGUCUGGGGCGCAUACUGACCACAGAAGAGCCAAAUGCUGAAAAGUCGUCAAUCGACUUAACACUGUAUUACGAUACACGUGCACUUUUCUGUUUGUAUGAGGAGUUGAAAGUUAAAUGAAAUGUUGAUUUAAUUCUUAGUGCCAUUAAUUAACGUAAUGCAAUUUAGUAUGGUUAUCCUUGCUGGACUUCCCAAAGAAGUAGGGGGUGGGGGUGGGGGUGGUAAACAAUGUUUGACCUAAUUUCUCUAAAGGGUCCUUGAAAGUUUAACAGUUAUUGCCAAUGGAAUUUAAACGAAAAUGCCUAAAAAUUGUUUACAUAAUAUAUAUAUUAUAAAGUAAAGCGAAUUUAAAUGUAUGAUAACUCUAAAUCAUAACAUGAGCUAGAGAGACGACGCUAAUGACCAAACGAUUAAAAAAGAUAACUAAAAAAAAAACAACUCACAAACCCCAACCCACACCCCCCACAAAAAAAAAAAAAAAAAAAAAAAAAAAAAAAAAAAAAAAAAAAAAAAAAUAUCCCACCAGGUCUUUCACUUUCUUCUAUAACCCACCAGGUCUUUCACUGUCUUUUAUAUCCCACCAGGUUUUUCACUGUCUUCUAUACCCCCCCCCAAAAAAAAAAAAAAAACCUACAAAGGGAAAUGCAUAGCAUUGAGAUUGUUUUUAUAAACAUAAGAAUAAGAACACAAGUCAAGAAGUUUAUUUUAUCGGAUAGUGCAAAUUAUUUUGCCAAAUAUCCCAUCCAUUUAAUUAAUUAAAUUAUAAGAUAUUGGCAUAGGUCCUACACAUAAAAAUUAAACAAAAAAUAAAUUGCGUAACUGUAAAAGGUAUCAAAAUUACAAGACUAUUACUAUUUUUUCCGCAAAAAUUAACAGUAGUCCUACAUUAUUAGUAGGCCUAUUGAUAGGUUUUGAAAUGUAUUUUUCUCUGUGAAGGCACGAGAACUCUGACGUCACCACGAGCAUAUUUAUCUGCAGUUAAGUGUUUAUUCAUUGCAAACAUUAUUACAACAUUGUGCGUUUGUUUUAUACCAAAUGAUUGAUUGGACUUUCUAGAUAAAAUUGAAUUUAAAAAAAUAUUAUUACUUUAUCAUUAUCUAGAAAUAUGUUAAACUUUAGCUUCAUUUAUUUAGAAAAGUUGGGGGAGGAAUAUAAUUAAUAGAAGAGCAUACGCCACUUACAACUUCACUAGCGCCCUCUCGUGCCCAAUCAAUGGAGUGCGCACCUGUCAGUGCUUCGGAUACAGGCCGGCGUCUUUGUUCCUGCUUUGAGAAAGAAAUCUAAAAUUUUGUAAUUAAUCCAAAUGAUGGCACCACAGAAAAGGUCUGCUGAAGAAGCGGAAUCCCUCUUGGUGGGUGUAAGAUGCAUUGUCUUUGACAUUGAAGGGACAACAACGCCUAUUUCGUUUGUGAAGGUAAGUCCAUGCCUUAAAUAUUUCUUUAUUAUUGGCAUUUGAUUCUAGUAGUUUUUUGCGGCUACUUCCCACCAUGAUCAAAUAAUCGUCGCUUGAUCCAACCUCCGGGGUUUCCGUCUUGAUCUUAUUUCGGGUGUUCGAAAUCAAUGAAAAUUCAAAAUGAAUAAAUAUACGCAAUUAAAACUACGUUGUAGCUUUUAACUAUAGUCGGGAGUAAUAAUUAUCAGGGCCAUUCAUUCAUCGUCAACCCGGAAAGUUCGGGGACGCGCGUUUUCCUUUUUGUUUAUCAACCGGGUAUUUACGAGUUUUGUUUGUAUCAGAAAUGCCGAGCAUAUUUAAUUUGUAAAAUAUGUUAAAUAUAAUUAUUUAAAAAAGAUGAUAUUUUUGGGUCUGAUAGAAUUACAACAGAUUUAACUCGUGUGUUUGUGUAAAUGUCUGACAAUGAUAAAUGUAAAUAAUGUUGUUAUGACUAGAUAUAGAUAGAUUUUAGUAUAGUAUAGAUACUAUAAUAGUGUCGUCCGCUAGGUUGUAGUAAGUUCUUCUGUUCCCGUUCGUAAAUUAAUUGAAACAGUCACAAAACAAAUAAUAAUCAGAAUAAUCUAGUUAUGUCAAUAUUUGAAUUAAUAUACAACGACAAUCGUAUUGGCUUCUUUUCCUUUUAUUGGUAUAAUUUAUUUGACACCGGCUUAUUUGAAGGAAGCCGCCUAUGCUUUGAUUUUGGUCACGUGACAAAAAUGCCUUCCAAACUGGUAUUUUCUGGCUUGGGGACUUUUCAUUUCUUGAAUCAGAGAAGGGGUGGCAGCAUUGUAGUUUUGUUAGUUUUUUUAAUGUUUAGUUACUAGUUUUAAGUGGAAAUGAUCGGAAUACUGAAAAAUUGUGAAAAUAAUAAUAAUAAUUCCAUCUUAGGCAUAGGCCUAGUGGAAAAUUAUAUUGACCAAAUUUUUUGAUUAAAUGAGUAAUAAUAAUAAACCUAGCUCAACUUUUUUUUACUAAUAAUAGUAUAGCCUAAUCUAGGCCCUAUUUAAUAUAGUCUAAUUAAGAUACACAUACAAGGCCUAAUUUGAGUUAUUUAUAAAUUGCAAAAAAAUAUAUAUAUAAAUGACACCUAAGCCUGUUUUAUUAUACAUGUAAUUUAGUAUAUUGUUGGCAAUACAUUCAAAUAUAAUAUAUUGGUCAAUUUAUAUUAGUAAUUAAAAAAUAAUGAAUCAUUAUUAAUUAUAGUUACUGGCUGUAAUUAGGCAGUGCUAUCUAUUACUAUUAUUUUCUCAAUGUACUGAUAAUACUGUUAUAGUUAAGUUAAGAAUUGUUUUUUUUUUUUAAAUUGAAAUUGGGGGUGGUGUCACACCCCUCAGAGAUUAUGUGGAAAUGUCCCAUUAAAUUGCGACAUUAUGGGAAUGAAUAGCAUACAGGUACUUUGGUUUCAACAAAGAAAAAAAAUAGCACUUCUAACCAUGCAUUUGAGGUAUCAGCAAGGAUGAGUUUCUCUUAUUAUUUCUAUUGAAUCUUGUAAGUGGGAUUUUUAUAAAAACCGAAGAAAAAAUUAAUUUUCAUUUAUUUUAACUGUAUGGAUCAAGAGAUUAUGUUUUUGAUGCGAAUAAUGCUCAGUGAAGAACAGGAAUGUUAUCAUUCUCAUCGUUGGUCUAGUCACCCUAAGACCAGUGUUGAGAUUCCCCAAAGUGAUGUCUUUGUGCUUAUGUUGAGACAACUCUUGGCUAAACCCAUGCAGUUAACUGAAAAUUUACAGCGACAGUAUUGCUAGUAUUAAAAUAUUUAAGUUAUUAAAAUAUAUUUUUUAAAUUAACACGUUGCUUACAUUUGUUAAAACAUUUCCUCAGGAUACACUCUAUCCUUAUGUAAGGAACAACAUUGAGGAUUACCUCAACAAGAACUUUGAAAAUGCAGAUUUACAGAAAGCUAUUGCUGCAUUGAGGGAUCAGGUAAUAACACAUUUUUAUUAUAUAUAUUUGGGAUAUUUGUGCAUUAAAGUAUCAUGACGUGUCAUUAAAAUAUGGUAAUGAGAAAAGCAUGUGUAUGUCUCAUUGUAGAUGGAGCCUGCUUUUUUUGCACAAAUUAUGUUAUUACUUAAAAGUAGAGUUUCAGACCUGGUUACUCAUAAGAUUUUGGCAAGCAAUGUACAAUAUUGAGGUGUCUUUUACCAUUGUACGCAGAGACGUUUCAAAUCUAUGAUUUUUUAAGAGACAGGUUUGAAAAAAUUGGUUUUAGUUUUAACACUUUUCACCCUCUGGGAAUGAAUGGACAGAGAAAUAUGAUUGGUUGGGGACCGUCCAUAAUUAUAUUCCAUACAAAAUGAGAGGGGAGGUAGGGAGGUGACUUAUAAAAUGUAUGUAGGUGCAUGAGAGGAGUAGGGGAGGUGUCUAAAUAUUUGUAAAGGCUAUACAACAGGGUUUUGGAGCAGACUUCAGAGAAGGGGGUGGUCAAAGGGCUUAAUGAAAUGUUUAUUAUUUCACUAACCAAUGGUAUUAACUUGAGUUAGGCAAUAGAAAGUAUGAAAAGUGGGGUAGAAAAAUAGGGAAUCGGUUUUAAAAAAUUAAUUUUUAAAAGUUAAAAUUAAAUUUUAUACAUUUUAAGAAUCAGUUUUUAUAAAUUUUGGCGCUCAUAGCGGUAAGAAAUGUUUCCAGCUUCAGGCAAAAAGUCUCCGCUCCAGCCUUGUUUCAUAAUGUUAGUGAUGAUUGUCAUGUUUUCACAAAGCACGUGCUACGCAUGGUAACAGUAAUAUUUAGGGUAAUCACCAUAGUGAAAAAUUGAGUAAAUAUUCGCUUUUUUUUUGUUAUAGGCUGUAUUACAUAAUUUAGUAACAUAAUUAUUUUAUUCUUUGCCAGAACUGCAGCAAUUGUGAAAAUGGAGAAAACUACAUAUUUUUCUUUUAUUAAUGCUCCGCACAGUAGCUGUAAAUUUUGACAUAAUUUAUUAGAUCUCUUAAGCGGCAUAUUAAAUCUAUUUUUAGAAGACACUAAGUAGCUUACAAUUAUUAAUUACCCAGUUUUGUUCCCGCACUCUACAGUUUGAGGUAGUUAUUAGAUUAUAAUAUGUUAACAGAAAUUAAAAUCGGGCAUCUUAGGCGUAAUGCAGAGAUGGCCAGCCACUUUAUAUAUAGAAUGUAUCACAAAUAGGCUUAUUUCUUAAUUCAAUUAGUGAUUAUUUUCAUUCUUGUCAUAAAUGCGAAUUUAAAAUAUAUUAUGCAUACAUCACUCUUUUUGACGGUACGCGCCUUUUCUGUGUUCAUUUACUGUAAUGAUUUAAAAAAAUAGAUAAAAUAAUUUCAAAUCUGAAAUAAAAUUCUCGGAUUAGGUGCAUAAUGAUGUAAAGCUAUAUUCAUGUAUAUGCAAAAGUGCAUACCUACAUUUUGAAUUUAUAUAUAAAUUUCCAACCCCCUCCCCUUUCUGGUAACUUUUGAGCCAUCCUCAAUUUCUAUCCCCUUGCCCCAUCUUUGUCUAUCAAAGUGGCUAUAAUAGGCACAUUUUUAUUUUAUAUACAUAUUUCAUCAUUGGGAGGUGUCCUUUUUUAACAUGCCAUGCGAGUAGUUUGUAUUCAUUAAAUUGUAUGUUAAUUUAUUUAAUAUUAUGAAAUAGUAUUCUACUAUUUUGGGAGUUCUAGUAUAAUUAAGUCUGGAGUUUAUUAUUUUUUUUGUUCCAUGGACCCAUCUGCCAGUCAGAUGAAGGCCUUGUACCCCUUCUCAGAAUUAAGUUUGUAAAUUAAAUCAAUAUAAUAAGUUGCAAAGGGAAAGCAGCUUAUGGACCCCAAAGUUUCCGUGGUUAACAAGUUAAGAACCCUUGCUUUAGAGUAAUGUCACCAAACGUCCCUAUUUGUAAUCUGAGCUUCACUUCAAUGCUCUUUUGGUCAUUCAUACUUGCAGGAGAGCAAAAUAAUCACUCAGACAAUUAAAUUAAUAUCUUUAAUGCACUUGAAUAUCUUUUGUAAAAACAUACUUUUGGUAAUAUUUAAGUGAGCAAUUGUUAUAAAUCAAUCUGUUUUCAAAAUGGCAAUUAUCCUCAACAAUACUAACUUCUUUUUUUUAACCAUAUGCAUAAAUUUUACAAUAUAUAUAUUAAUAAAUAUAUAUAUUAAUUAUAAAGAAUAUAAUUUGAUUCUUCUUGACUGUGAAUAAUAAGAAUUGAAAGUAAAAAAAAUUAAGGGUAAAAAUAAAGUUAGCCUAUGUCUUUGGGAGCUAAAUUUUCAUUUUGGCCUUAAAUAUUUCAGAAUUGUUUUUGCCUAUAAAAUCUUUUACUAACAAUUGUAUUUCAUAGAAAUAUAAUCACAAAAAAUGACAUAAUCAGCCAUUAUAUUCAAAACAAAUACCUAUUCAUUACCCUUAACAAAACAGAUGCAUACAAUUUUACACAUCAACUCACUCCCCCUUUCAAUAUGUUUGGAAAGCUGUAUGUUGGUGUAAAUAAAAAUGUGUUAACAAAAAUUACCAUGUAGAAAUAUUCAACUUUGAGGCUUAAUUUAUCUAAAGGCUGCAAAGGAAAAAGAAGAAAAAGUGGAAGGUGUUGUUGAAAUUCCAAGUGGGGACGCCAGCAAAGAAGAUGUUGUUAAAGCAGUGUGUGACAAUGUCCGAUGGCAAAUGGACGGUGACAGAAAAACCACUGAACUUAAAGCAUUGCAAGGAAUGAUUUGGAACGAUGCAUAUGAAUCAACAGAAAUAAAGGGAGAGUGAGUAUAUAUUUUGGUUCUGUCUGCAGGGUAAGGUUUCUGUUCUGGAGAUUCAUCUCUAAAAUGUUAUGUACCUGUCUCUUUGCGUCUUCUGGGUUGUUGUUUUUUUCUCUCGCUGUCCAUCUAAGUUAUGUCCUAGGAAGUGAGUUUUGGUGGGAUUCUUUAGACAUGACCAAGCCAAUGCCUGUUCCUUCCUGUCUCAGUUUCCACAAUAGUUGAUGCUCCAUCAUAACAUUAUUCUUUUUUUUAUGUUGCAUUUCUUUAGCCUGUUAAAAUACCAAAAAUUAUUGUUUUAGUGGACUUCAAAUAUUUAUUUGAAUGAUGAGAUUUUAAAUAUUUUGCAAAACUCCUUUCAGGCUCUUUGAGGAUGUUGGGCCAAUGCUGAAGAUGCUGGCAGAAGAAGGAUUUCAGCUGUACGUUUACUCUUCCGGCAGCAUUGAAUCACAAAAGCUUUUGUUUACAUAUUCCAGUCAAGGAGAUCUUUCAGAUGUAAGUUAUAGUCUGCAGAGCCUACCUUUAUAUAAUUUUUUGUUAAACAUCAAUAUUUCAAAACAACUUCCCGAGAUACUAAAAUUAUGAAGCUUUUUAAUUCCUAGCACUUGACAUGGUUAAAUCAGACCUGUUUACUCUUACGAUUUUGGUGUACAUUUUGAGAUGUCUUUGACGAUUGUAUGCCAAGACCUGUCAAGAAAUACAAUUUUAAGAGACAGUUGAAAAUAUGUUCCUGUGGUUUUUUUAAUUAUUAAAUAGUACAUUUUCGGUUGUUAGUUGCAUUCUACGUCCAGCAGUGAAUGGAUUGAGAAAUAAAAUUGGUUGAGGACCAUCUAUAAAUAUUUAAAUCUAAAAUAAACACUGUAUGAUGUAAUUAGAGCUUGAAAUAUUUUUAAGAGGGCUUUUGAAAUCAAUUUUUAGAACACAAAACAGUUGUAUGAUUUUUAAAACCCCUCUUCCUUUCACCAAUUUACAGCUUGUGGUAGUUAUCAGACUGUAAUAUGUUAACAGGAAAUAGGCAUAAUGCAUAUUGAUUAUUUUUUCAUUUAUACCUGUAACUUUUUAUAAAAAUUAAAUCUCAAGUUACUUGGUAGUUUUUUUUUAUGACGCCCUUAUUUAAUGAAUUUUUACCAGUAACUUUAUUUUUACUAGUGGCAGACAGUGAUAAUGUGUCUGCCUGUUCACCUCAAUAUUAAUUUAUGUCAGUGACAUAUUGCAAUAUAAACGUCAAUCAUGUACUUUUGGAGGUUACCUUUUUUGAGGUCAGUUUAACUCAAUCCCACUAGACACAUGAUGCCAGUAAUUAUUAUAUAUUUAUUUACUAAUAAGAUACUGAAUUUUACGAUAUACGAUUUUAGGAGGUAAAGAUGUCUGUAAAAUAAACCUUUCCCCCCUCCAAUGUCCAUUAUUAUUAAGAAUAUUUCUGUGGUGGGACUUGAACGUCUAUAAUUUUGAAAUCUGUAUUCAUUGAUUUUUUGUAGAGAAGCAAUUUUAAAUCUAAAAUUAUGACUAUUUAACAGGUGUUUGCUGGUUACUUUGAUACAACAACAGGAAGUAAAAACGAAAGUGCAAGUUACAAGAAGAUUGCCACAGAAAUUGGAAAUGAACCUAAAGAUAUCUUAUUCCUCACUGAUAUUCCUCAAGGUACUUUCGCUUUCUUUUUAGAAAAAAAAUCUCUGAAGAAUUUAUCAUGUAAAAAUUGGUUUAUUAAGAAUGUCAUUUAAAAAUGUAUGAUCAAUCACUACUUUUAAAUAAGAAUAUGCGAUUUCAAGAAGUGUUAUUUUUUAGAUGAGAUGUUAAAGUGUUCCAAGUAAUGUUUAGCUGUUAGCAGUAAUAGCAUUUAGUUUGGCUAGCUUAGGAAGUAAUCAUUUUAUAAAAAGGAAAUUAGAGGCAGAAAAUAGAAGAAUUUAUAAUUAAAUUAUUACUGUCAGAUGCGCCUGUAUCUGGAAUUCUCCGUGUUGCUUUCAAAAAGAAAAAUCUAUCACUUAUAUCUUAAUGUGCCAUGCAUGGUUUCUCUAUCACUUAUAUCUUAAUGUGCCAUACUUGGUUUCUUUUUGCUUUUUAUCAGGAAGUGAAAGUCUUAAUAACUUUGGACAUUACAUCAUUCACUUAAAAGAUAACACCUUUCAAUAUUUCAUAGAGGUUUACUAAAAUCCAAAUUAGCAGUGCCUUCUUUUAUUUUAAAAAUAAAAAGGCAUUUCUUUAUUUAUCCACCUUAUUUCUUCACCUCUGGUGGGGGUCUAACUUGAUGCUACCGUGGUUAUUAAUUUUUAUGCUUUUCUUAUUAACAGAGGCCGAAGCAGCAGUGUCUGCAGGGUUGCGCAGUGCACUUGUGAUUCGUCCGGGAAAUGCAGAAUUAACGGAUGAGCAUCUGCAAAAUUUUGCCUGUAUUGAAAGGUUUGAUGAGCUUUAUGGCGAUGAGGAUGAUGAAGAUGACAUUAAGAGGUUUGCUGGUGACAAUGGCGAAGCUGAAGAUGAUGAAGAUGAGGAAGAAGAAGGUGAUGAAGAGGAUGAUGAUGGUGAAGAGGAUGAUGGGGAAGAUGCUUGAGCAUUUUAGGGUAGAUUAUAAUUAGCAUGUAAGAAGCAAGACGUUUGAAGACAAUGAAGUGUGACGUGAAUGUAUGUGCAUCACUUAUAUUUCUAUUAGAUCUCUGGCAUUAGUUAAUUCAAAUAAGAAAUUUAACAAUGCCAAAGAAAAAUUUUAAGUUACCAGCAAUUAAAUCCAAUGUAUUGUUUUGUAGCAUCCAUGAAUAUUUCCUAAAAAUUCAAGGCAAUUAUUGUUUAGGAUUGAUAACGUCCUUCAUUCUGUUCUCAAUUGUCAUGUUCUCUUCUCUAGGUGUUGUAUUUUAUUGUGAGAUCUAAUAUAUCAAGGGAGUUUACCAAAAACCUGCUCAUUCAAUCAUUUUUUAUUUUCAAACCAGAGAACUUAAGAAAAAAAAAUUCAAACGCCCUAUGAUGUACAUAUCCUGAAUUGAUAGAUAAUUUUAGAUUAUAGAGUUUUGAUGAAUUCUUUGGGGAAAAAAAUCCUGGUCUUUGGGAAAUUGUCUUACAUUUUCUAUGUACAUCAUUUUUGUGCAAUGACAUUUGAUAUGUGGUGCUUUACGUUUGCAGAUAGUUGGUUACUGAUUGGCAGCUCUUUCUUUAUUCUGAUGAUAUAAAUUUUUAUCCAAUUUUUAAUUUUUUGUAAUUAAUAAAUCAUUCAUCUCAGCAUUUAUCUCAAAGAAAUAAGUCAUUUCACAGAUGUUAGUUAUGAUGCUGCCAAAAUAGUGAUAGUUUUUCUCCAUUUUGUGCGUGUUGUUUUUAAGCUCAGACAUGUUCAGUAGUAAUUGUUUUAGUUGUUAGCACUUUCAAAUGGAAUUAUGUUUAAGGGAUUGGCUAUAUAAUGUAGUUGUGUUAUUUUAUACUAGACAAAUCAGGUCUGAUAUAAAUUGUAUUUUUUUACAUUUUUUAAAUCUUGAGCAACAGAUAAUAUCAGGCAUGUCAUACUAGUCUGGCGUACUUUUUGCCAUCAAAUAAAUCAAUACUUGUAACAUUUGCUUAAAUUUCAUGAGAUAAAAAAAAUUAUAUGUUUCAAUAAUAAAUUGCUCUCCAAUUUAUAGCUUUAGUUUUACUUGUAAGUUAUCAUCACAAGUCUCAAUAAUACAAAUUUUAGAAAAUAUCAAACCUUUUCAACUUCAAAAUCUAAUGUCUCUAAUACUGGUACCUGUGUUUGACAUGCCUGCCAAGAAGAUGCAGAAUUGUAAGGGCAAAAUGCUUGUUUAGAUCAGGACAUUUAUUUCAAUUCUGUUGGUUACUAAUUGUUGAAAGGAAAUCUAUGAUCUGCAUUUUCCUUCAUGUUUCUAAAUAUGCAUAAACCAUGUAUUUGUCAGUACUGGAAUCUGUCUACCUUCAAUUCAUUCAUUGUUCUCUGUGGAAUCAAAAUGUUUUUUUUAACCAUGUUUAUUGGUUUAGUCAUUAAAGUUGACUGUGCAAUUGUUAAAUCACUGCACAGGUUGAACUAUUUAAAAAUAAAUCUUCAUAUUAAGAUUAUUCACUGCAAGAGAAUGUCUCACAUGUAUUGCAUCUGAACUUUUACUGUGUUCAAUGAAGUCACUUUUAUGUUUUAUAAUGUCAGUUUACAACAGAACCGUAAUACAAAAUGUAUUGAAUGCUUUUUAUUUGUGUGUGUGUGUGUGUGACUCCUCUUAAGAAAGUUAGAAGUUAGUAGUACUAGAUGAAAUCCUUGUUUUAAAGGACAUGGACAUAGUUUGGUGGUUAGGCUUUUAAAGAAGCAAAUUUUGUUUAUGAAAGGCACUUGCCUGGGUUGUUCGUAAUGAGUAGAUUAAACAUUUUUCUUUAACUGUGUAGACUAUUGUGAGUAUGCAUAAAGAAAGAAUUCUCCUCUUUCUCCACACAAAAAAAAAAAAUNCCCCAACUUUUGUGGAAUUCUUUUUUUAAGGUGGUUAGAUAUCAUUUUAUUUUCUAUGAACAUUAUCUUAUAUCCUUGUGUUGUAUUGACCAUGAACAAACUAUGUAGUUUCAUACAAACUGGAUGUGUUCUUUUUUUUUACUUGCCCUGAAUGUCCUGUCAUUUUGUUAAAUCUAAAUGGAGAUAACACCCCCCCCCCCCCCUCUCUCUCUCUCUCUAGAGUUGUAUUGUCACAAUGGAGGUGGUCUGUGUGCAUCAUGCAGGUCUACUGUCAGGUUGAUGGUUUUAAUUUUGUCCAGCAAGUUAAUUAAUUCAAUGGUGAAACUUGCGGCCUACCAACCUUUUUAGACAAGGGUCUGUAAGAUGAUGGAUCCCUUUUUGGGGGUGGGGGUUAUUAUGCUAACAUCAAGGUGGCCUAACUGAGAUAUCAAAUCAAAAGAUUUCACACAUUGUUAUUCCAUAAAAUUAAAUAUUUAAAACAAUUUUACUUUGUCAAAGUCAGUGAUUCUCAAACUUCCUAAUAAUGCGGCGAUCCUUAAAUACAGUACCUCAUGAUGUGCCCCACAACCAUAAAAUGCUACUUCAUAAAUGUGUGUUUGUUGAUGGUCUUAGGGCACCCCUGUGUAAGGGUCGCUCAACUCCUAAAGGGGUUGCAACCCACAGACCGCUGGUCUAAGUGAACCAUUGUGCAGAGUAUUCCGAUUAAUUUGGUACUAAAAAUAAAAUAUUAGAUUGAGAGCAUGAGCCAAAUAUGCAUUUAUCUCAGUGUACUUGGUGGAGGCAAGAUUGGUUUCACUUGCAAUCUGAGAUGCAAUUUAUCAACCUAUUUAUUAGUCAUUUGAUAUUUUAAGUAAGGAAAUAUCUUUCUCAGUUCAAAAAUCAGGCCUGAACAUUAUGGAAGUUGAAUAUGUUGGAUGAAGUUGGGCUAUUACAUUUUUGUUUCCCCCAGAAAUCACAAAACUGAUGAUUGAAACCCUUGGGAGCAAUACCAGGUUAUUUCAGUAGACUUUUUGGGACAGUUUUAUUUAUAUUAUAAGACAGAUAUGUGCAUAAAUGUUAAGUACCAUACAAAUUUUGUUGGCGCAGCACACACCCCUUCCAUGUGAACAUUAUAUAUAAAUGGCUCCAUACCACAUUAUUCUAUUAACUUUAAAAGUUGGUGGCUUGCAUUAUUACAAUAGAUAACAUAAUUUGGAAUUGCACUGGAUAACAAAUAGCAUGACUUUCUAGUAAAUUAGUUUUCCAUUGCAAACUAGGCACAAGAUACAUUGAAUAAAAUUGAAAAUGGGUUAAAUGAAAGUAAAGACAACAGGCCAAGAUCGAAUGGACCAAAUUUAAUGAUCAGGAUUCAACAAAAGGUG